AUGUCUUCCGCUCCGCCUCCGCCGCCAGCCGCCGACGUCGCCUCACGUGCCGCCGCCACCGCGGGCUCCUUCCCCGCCCUUCUGCCGCCGGCCUCGGACCGCAUGGAUCACUCGUUCCUACCGCCGUCCCUCGCGCGUCUCCUCCAGGGCGGGACUGCGCCCUACACGGCGGAUGGAUCGCUCGGCCCCCUGCAGACCCAAUCGGCGGGGUCCCUCUUCGCCGGCCCGGUGUCAUUGUUGUACGCCGGUGUGUCGUCCUCGUCGCCCGCUGCUUCGGCCCGGUCCCAGCAACCGCCGCCGCCUUCGGCUGCCAUGCACUCCUUCGUGCUCACGCCGCCACCGACUGCAUCGCACCCGAUGCGUGUGGUCGCACCUGCUCCGGUUGCCUCCCUCUACACCGCAGCCGGCCCUACCGUUGACGACGUCGCCCAUGUGCAUCAUGGCGGACCUGGUGGCUACUCGCUGUAUGUGGCCCCGUACGGGCCGCCGCCACCCGCGUGCCCCUCCUACGGCGCAUACCAUGGCCAGGGCUCGUAUCAGGCUCCGCCGCCCUAUGGUACAUCCUACGCGUACGGUGCCCAACACAUGUACGCACCGGCCGUGGCUCCGCCUGCACCGUUGCCCUCUCCUGUGCCAUAUGUGGAUGUUGAAGCUGCUCUGGCCGUGAUCCCCUUGCCGCCGUUUUUUUCUCGCACCUCCUUCCGGUGA